ACCGUCCAACGGGUUGCUGCAGUUCUUUCUGUGUGGGUUUAAUGUUGGGUUCUAGAUGGAAACAUGUUGAGUCUGUGUGAUGGUUCUGCGUCCUAGAACAGGUUCGGUCUGAACGUGAAUCAGUUCUGUGUUUCUUGAUCAAACCGAUGCAUUCUGGACCUGCCUGAAAUGGAUCUAAUGGGUUCUGAUUGACCACCAGCUGCUAUGACACGUUGGACAUAUAAAUGAACGCUGCUGGAGCGGUUCUGGUUUUGCACACGGCCCAUAAAACAGUUCCGUGUGCAAAGGCAGAAUUGCGUCACCAAGAAACCCAAACAAACAAACCGAGCCGCCUGCAGGUCCAGAAGCUGCAGAAAUGAGGGUUUUUCUCCGGGUUUUUCUCGUCCUCCUGUCUUCAGCUUACUGCGCGCUGCAAGGUGACUUGGGGACAUGCCCCCAGGAGAACCUCUCAGCUCGCCUGGAGGUGAGAGGAAAACUUGGACAGAACGUCUCCCUGGGGUGUCGGGGACCCACAGAUGCAGACGUCAAAGUCUUCACCUGGACCAAAGACGGUCAUGACCCUGAUUACGUUUUUUUCUACCGUAACAAUCGCUCAUACGCGUCCCACCAGCACCAGUCUUUCAGGGGACGAGUGGGUCUGACACACUCUUCAUCCUUGAAGGAUGGAGACUUCUCAGUGGUUCUACAGAACCUCAGCAGGAUGGAUGCAGGAACCUACGAGUGUCGGAUUGUCACCAGGAACCCAGGAGGAGAAGAUGGACUGUUUCAGAACUCCAUCAACCUCACGGUCUCAGGAAACGAAGAGGAGCAACCCAAGGAGAGAGGAGAGGAGGCUGGAGGAGACCAGAGGAUGACCGAUGGAACUGAUGUGUUCCUGUUUGCUGGAGUUGGAUUCUGUCUGAUCGUGGUUCUUCUGAUUAUUGGUUGUUGGGUUCUCAAAAAGUCUGCAGGGUUCAGAUCUGGCAGCUUCUCAGAGAAACGUUCUCCUGAAGCCCAGCAAGCGAUGGUCUGAAUGUAGAAACGUUUAUUGCUGCUAUGAUUUAGAGCUGCUUUAUGAACGCGGAGCACCUUCUACUGUAGCUUGGAGCAAAGCCUCCAUCAUUCUAGUCUUAGAUCUCUCUGCUCACCUGGUUCAGACGGUUACAGGGUCAGAACCAGGG